UCGCUCUCGUUCGCAAGGCUACCCAGCGCCGAAGUCUCGGUAGCAGCAUUUGGCAGCAACAGCAGCAGUAGUGGGUAGUAUAUGCGUGUGUGUACUUUUUUGGGGACUCUCUUCGGUGGCUCCUCGCAGGCAGCCAGGCAGUCAUCGCAAGCAGCAAUGGAUUGUCCGUGGCUGUUCCGUUUGAACCGUUGAUCAUUUUAGUACAACACGCGAGAAGCGGGUUUUUGUGUUCCGUCGGGUGUUUUUUUGAACAGUCCCGUUCGUUCCCUCUGGGUGUCUGUGUGUGCGUACGUAGUUUGGGGUCCCCAACGAGUUUUCGGUUGGUGCUUGGUAGCCAUCCGUCAAGUAGGAUAUUCCAUCGAGUGCUCCAGUGUACUCUCGCUGGACUAGUUGUGUGCUGGCGCGCCACGGACGGAACUCUCACUCGGGUCAACGAGGCCGGGGAGUCGGUCGUCGGUUGUCGGUCUAUCGCACGUAUCCUACAUCCGUAGUUGUGUUCCAUUGUUCCCCAUCGAAUGACACAAAACAAAUGCAAGCCCCAGAGGACCCGCGUGGGACCGCAGUCAUCGUAGUCAAAACAGAGCGCCAACAGUCGAUGUUGGGCCCGUUGUAGUCGUUGUAGUCGUCGUUGUAGUCGUCGUCGUCGUCGUCGUCGUCGUCGUCGUUGUCGCGUUUGGUCGGAAGUGAAGUAAUAGCAGUAGAAGCAGAAGGAGCCGCAACCAGCAGUGUGUACAUUUCGGUGAAAAUUAAAAUCUGUGAUAAAUAUCUACACCACACAUUUUAUUCAAUUGCCUUUAAAAAAAAAAGAAGAGAAAAAGUUAGAGAGUGGAAGAAGAAGAAGAAGAAGGUAAGGAAGCUAAAGUGGAAUUAUUAUGAAGAAAAGGGUCCAACUAAUAUCAGCAACAGCAGCAGCGGCAGCAGAAGCAGUUGUGAAAAAGGCAGUUUUUGUAGAAGAAGAAGAAAAUGAAGCAAACGUAGUGGUGAAUAGCGGCAUGGAUCGAAGCAACCGGGUUCUAAACAGCAGCUACGACGGCAGAAGCGACAGCAGCAGCAGCCAUGGCCAACUUGGUUUGACCGUUGGUGGCAGUGGUGGCAGCAGAACCAACAGGAUUAUGUAACGGAAAAGUGCACACCCAACAAAAGAACGAACGCGGAACAAGCAUGCCAUGAAGUGGAAGGCCAAUUCUACUACUACUCGACUACUGCGCUGCUAAAACUACCAAUAAUACUAAUAAUAAUAAAACCAAUAUAAUUGCAUGACCUGGCAGCAGAGUACGGCCAGCACUUGAAACCGUGAGAGCAUGUUGAAUGAAACCCGUCCAAUAAUGAGUGCUAUGUAGUGUCUCACCGUAGAAGAGAAUUGUAAAACGGAAACAAAGUAGGCGUUGAAAACCAAAAUAACUGAAGAAAACAAAAAGAAAAAAAACUCACUUUGAUGGUCUGAGCUCGCAACACAACACAAUAAGUUUCUUUAACUAAGUGCAAAACAAAAGAGUAACCAAAAGCUUUAAAAUAUCAAUAAAUAUAAAUUCAAGGUAGAGAGGCAGAGGGAAGAAGAAAAUACAACAUAUUAGGUAAGAAAGGUGCUUUUCCUCCGCAUUCCUACGUUUGUCCUUUUGCAUCGUCGCGUAGUGCCGUCGGUCGUGCCGGCAUUAGAAAGCCAUAAAAUAGUGUGAACCCAGCAACACAAACUCACUCUCUUUACCUUCUUCUCCGUAGUAGCCAUACUUACAGUUGAAAAAGUGAAACCUAAAAUCACAGCGAAGCACGGAAGAAGCAGCAUAAAAUCGGUGCAAAAGUCGAACCGUGCUCAGUUUGAGUUGUUCUGUCACCAGCCAGCCCCCUUUUGCACUUGUCUUCUUGUCAGCAAUAUCGUGUUUGAUUGAAAACCGCCAACAUAUCGGACUCGGAUUUCUUCUGUUUACGAGCUUUCGGGCGUGGGUGUAAAAAAUGCAACUAAUCACAUCCAUUCACGUAUCGAAAGAGCCACUUCAAUCAGCCAACCGAAAGCCGUUCAUUGCAUGCAAUCAGUGAAAACGGAAGCCUAGAGCUCAAUAUGUGUUUUGCCAUGUGUUGUGAAGAAACAAUAACCAUCAGAGGGGAUGAUGACCACCAUCACUGGUGCUGACCAUCAUCAGAGCCGCCAUCGUCCGCUACUGAUCGGACGACGACGCAGUGACAAAAACUAAAACCCAAACCCGUGUGUUGUGCAAAGACAAAAAGAAGAAGAAGAAGAAAAUCCCAAGCAAUAAUAAUAAAAACAAGGUCGAGAUCGCAGUAGCCCUGCGGCACCAGCACCAGUAGUAGUUGCAGUAGGCGCGGUGUCGGUCGAGGUGGGAUGCCAAGAUGGCAGCCGUUGCGGGCCUUUACGGAUUGGGCGACGAUUCGCGUCAUCAGCGCCAGCGAAGACAGCAGGCCCAGCAGGCGAACCAGGACAAAGCCGACAAAACCCCGGACGGAUUGAGCGAACCGUCUCUACCCAAGUUGAGCAGUCAGGAUG